CAAAAGUGACGGUUCGCCGUUCUGCUUUACUCACUCCGCUCUCGACUUUAAUGGCGGAUUCGAGCAUCCUUUCAACUCUUUCAAAAACCCUGCCCUGCUUCGAGAUUCUCGCUCGGGCCUUGAUCUAGCUUCGUUUUCUGCGAGAGCUUAGCUAUACGGCUCUGGACUUUUAAACCUAAUGCCAUAAGUAUUCGAAUCUGGAGAACAAUUUUCUGCUAUAUUUCAGAUUCGCGCCUCUUAUCUCUGUCUGACUUGGUCUCAACUAUAAUUCUGUGGUCCAUGACAACGUAAGGAUAGCUAUAGACCGAUAAUGAGUGCAAUAUAUCUACUCUACCCACAGCAAUCGGUCUCAGUUUAAGUUACGAGAAGGAAGAGAAUCUCGUCUCGUCUCUGUACUGUUACUUGUGCGAAACCAGCGGUGGAGCUUUCUCUCUUCUUUGGAAAACUACCAAAAGUGUUACUUUAUCCAUUUCAUGGCCAGCAGCAUAGUUGGUGAUUUUUUUUUCCGGUCAGGUGGAAUCCCAUUUUGUCGAAGGUGGUGUUCUUUGUGUCUGACGCUGUAAUGAAAUAUUAGUCCCCUUUCAUUAAGAUCGGCUUUGUUAUCUUCUCAUUUAGAGCAUCUUCUCUGCUUUUCUCUUGAAAUAUUACUCCCCUUUCAUAAAACGGCUCUGCUUGCUUCAAUUUGUUAGCUUAUGUGUUAAAUUUUGUUUAAACAGCUGAGGGAGGGAGAUUCUGUGGCAUCGCAUGCAGAAAAAACUCUCUUUGAAGUUCUUCCAGAGAAGUUCAGGAGAGCAGUAGCAGUCAUGGAUCCCCUCAACCUCAGAAGCAGCCAAUUUGUGUGGCUUACUUAUUCUGCUUUCCUCUUCCUCUGCUUCUCCCGUCAAGCGGCUGCAGACUUGAGCAGCGACAAGGAAGCUCUCCUUAGCUUCUCUACUGCAGUUCGCCAUGGCAGGAAGCUCAACUGGAGGCUCGAUACGCCAACUUGUUCGUCUUGGAUUGGAGUCACAUGCACCAAAAACGGAACCAGAGUCGUCGGAGUUAGGCUUCCUGGAAUUGGUCUUAUAGGAGACAUCCCUUCCAAUUCUCUCGGAAAGCUUGAAGCUUUGCAAGUCUUAAGCCUCCGAUCCAACGAACUCACCGGCAAACUCCCACCAGACAUAUCCUCCCUCCCUUCCCUCCGCUUUCUCUACCUCCAACACAAUAAUUUCUCAGGAAAUCUACCAGAUUCAUUUUCUCCCACGCUCAACUCUCUCGACCUCUCCUUCAAUCUCUUCUCCGGCGAAAUUCCGGCCGCCAUCUGGAAUUUAUCUCAGCUUGCAUCGCUGAAUCUCGGGAACAACAUUCUCUCAGGACCUAUCCCUGAUCUCAAUCUUCCGAAGCUAAGGCAUCUUAACCUUAGCUUCAACAAUCUGAAUGGCUCUGUACCCUUCUCUCUCCAAACCUUCCCUAAUGAUUCAUUCACCGGAAACCUGCAUUUAUGCGGCCCUCCCCUACCCCAUUGCUCAGCUGUUCUCCCAUCAUCUCCCUCUCCAUCAUUUCCCUCAUCACCUUUCCCUCUACUCCCCAACGACCACCCCAAAAACUCAAACAAAAAACUAACAAUUGGUGUAAUAAUCGCCAUCAUCGUCGGAGGAUUCGCCUUCGUUUUCCUCCUAGCAAUCAUUCUACUUAUAUUCAUUUUGAAGCGGGAAGAUACAGAAUCCAACGAGUUGACGGAGAAGAAGGUGUCGGGCAUUGGAAGGAGGGGAGAGAAAGGGGAGGAGUAUAGCAGUGGAGUUCAGGAGGCAGAGAGAAAAAAACUGUUUUUUUUCGAUAGCUGUUCUUAUAACUUCGAUCUGGAUGAUCUUCUGAGAGCUUCUGCUGAGGUUCUGGGGAAGGGGAGUUAUGGGACGGCUUAUAAGGCGGUUCUGGAGGAUGGGACGACGGUGGUGGUGAAGAGGCUGAAGGACGUGGCGGCGGGAAAGAGGGAUUUUGAGCAGCAGAUGGAGGUCAUUGGGAGGGUUGGAAGCCAUGCAAAUAUUCUUCCUUUGAGAGCUUAUUAUUAUGCAAAGGAGGAGAAGCUUUUGGUGUAUGAAUACGCAUCCGGUGGAAACUUAUCUGCGCUUCUGCAUGGAAACAAAAAUGCAGGAAGAGCUCCUUUAGACUGGGAAUCCAGACUAAAAAUCAUGCUAGGAACAGCAAAGGCUAUAGCUCACUUACACGAAGAAGCUGGCGCAAAGUUCUCCCAUGGCAACAUAAGACCUUCGAACAUCCUCGUCACCCCCGACCUCCAUCCCUUCCUUUCAGACCACGGUGUUUCCCAGCUCAUAAACUCUCCCACCAUCCCCUCCCGAUCAUCCGCCGCCUAUCUCGCCCCAGAGUUCAUCGACACCCGCAAAUUCACCCAUCAGACCGACGUCUACAGCUUCGGCGUCGUGCUUCUCGAAAUCCUGACCGGAAAAUCUCCGAUCUGCGCUCCCGGCCACGACGAGAUCGUUGAUUUUCCGCGGUGGGUGCAGUCUGUCGUUCGCGAGGAAUGGACUGCGGAGGUGUUUGAUGUCGAGCUUAUGAGGUGCCCUAACAACGAGGAAGAAAUGGUAGCGAUGCUUCAGAUCGGGUUGGCUUGUACUUCGAAGGAUCCGCACCAGAGGCCGAGAAUGCAGCAAUUGGUGACGAUGAUUGAGGAUCUCCGGCCGACGGAGUCCGACGAUCGCCGCUCGCCUGAUGAUGGCCGGUUGAAGUGAUUCCGAUAGGGUUUCGUUUGGUAGGUGCAGUGGUGAUGAUAUAGUGGUAAGGUGUUGGCGGUGAUUUUCUAAGUAUUUGGUAUGUGGUUGUGAGAUUGGUUCGGUGCAUUUGAAUUUAGAGCUAAUUUGGAUUUGAUUCGA